CACAAAACUCCGUAACCAAUGGAAAAUCCUGCUGCUGGGUAGCAACAAGCGCCGCGGUAAGCGGCCAAUCAGGGGGAGCGGGAGGGUGGGGAGUUCAGCCUCAAUGUUAGUUCCGUCAACAGUCCUGCAGCUGCCCGGGUUUCGUCAGGGAAGCCAUGCCAUUUUUGGGCCAAGACUGGAGAUCUCCAGGAUGGAGAUGGAUUAAAACAGAAGAUGGUUGGAAAAGAUGUGAGUCCUUCAGUCCAGAACUUGAGGAUGAGAACAGCCAGCUCAACAACAUCAGUCACGCUGUCAUCUUAACUGAUGAUGAAGAAGAAAUAUACAGAACUGAAGAUUGUGAAUUUGCAGCCAAGAAAAGGAAAAAAGACCAUUUUCGGAAUAACACAAAAUCACAAUGUUUUUAUCGUGAAAAGUGGAUCUAUGUUCACAAAGAAAGCACCAGAGAAUAUGUUUUCUUCUUGUUCAAGAGACAUGGCUAUUGCACAUUGGGAGAAGCUUUUAAUCGCUUAGAUUUUUCAAGUGCAAUUCAGGACAUCAGAAGGUUCAAUUAUGUGGUCAAAUUGUUGCAGUUAAUUGCAAAAUCUCAGUUAACCUCACUGAGUGGUGCAGCACAGAAGAACUACUUUAAUAUUUUGGACAAAAUUGUACGAAAGGUUUUGGAAGACCAACACAAUCCACGCUUAAUCAAAGAUCUUCUUCAGGAUCUGAGUUCUACUCUCUGUAUACUAAUUAGGGGAGUAGGGAAAUCUGUGUUGGUGGGGAACAUCAAUAUUUGGAUUUGCCGAUUAGAAACUAUCCUUACAUGGCAACAACAGCUAAAAAAUCUUCAGAUGAACAAGCAAGUCAACAAUGGUCUCACACUCAGUGAUCUCCCUCUACAUAUGCUGAAUAACAUUUUAUACAGGUUCUCAGAUGGCUGGGACAUUAUUACGCUAGGUCAAGUGACCCCAACACUGUACAUGCUCAGCGAAGACAGGCAGUUGUGGAAAAAACUUUGCCAGUACCAUUUUGCAGAAAAACAGUUCUGUAGGCAUUUGAUCCUGUCAGAAAAAGGUCACAUUGACUGGAAGCUGAUGUACUUUGCACUUCAGAAAUGUUAUCCAAUAAAGGAACAAUAUGGGGACACAUUACAUUUUUGUCGACAUUGUAGUAUUCUGUUUUGGAAGUUUUCUGUCAUCCUUCUCCUGAAAGUAAUUUUUCAGAAGAUAAAGGAAAUGUUGAAAUGGAAAAACUAACAGAGCACAGCUUGUUGGCUAUGAUUUAGAAGCAGCAUGGGGACCAGCAAUAAAAGUAGCUGCUUUCACCUCUGUCUCCUGUUACAAAUUUAUGCUGUCACACAAGGCUCUUUGUCCACAGUUUACCACUUAAGCAUUAAGAGUGUUAAAUCUUUAAAACUCAAAAGUAAUGCUAUUGAAACUCUAAAUGACAAGCAAUACAUACUCCUUGAGAGUUUCUCCCAAAUGGAUGUAUGUGGCAAUCCCCACUGUCUUUUAAGCCUCUUGGCAUGCACAAGAAAGGGCCUUUUCCCCACUACAAAUACAGCUAGCUCCAACACAAGAACUAUGUUGUAACUGGUUCCUUCCAAUCCAUGGUAUUUAUAGAGGGGAAGAGCCCUGAGUUUCCUGCCAUAGCUUCCCAACAGCUCUGAGGAACAAUUUGAAGUAGCUUUCAAUGACUUGACCACUUCCUCCCUUGCAGAAGAGGAAAGGAAGCAGCACUGAAGCUCUUUAGAACUUGAGCCCAUUGCAGAAGGAGAAUCUGAUUCUGCAGCAUUUUCCACUUGUAAAGUUCCACAUUGCUUCUGCGCUUACUGCUUUAAAAAAAAGUUAUACCCCCUGCCCCCCCAAUAGUUAAUACUAGAAGGGGAAAGUCGGGGUUGGGGGGGGGGAACAGCUUGGAAAAAAGGGAAAACAAGAAACAGAUGUUUCCAGUAUUUCUGUUUCUUCACGUGUAACCACGUUUGUGGCAGGGAUUGUCUUGCUGAGCGCAUAGCUAGCACUAAAGUGAGAGAAGACAGGAAAAAUAAUUAUAUAGGGAGGAAGAAGAAAAAAGAAACACAAGUUGUGCUACUGUACAAGUCUCCAAGAAUGAUAUUGCUCCAAAACGUAUUGGUCCACCAGCCGUGGUUGAUAAACAAUUGGUCAUUCGGAUUGAUAAAAUGUAAAUGCUGCUACUUUUAUCUAGCUGUUCCUACAGUUUUCUCUCCAUUUCCUUUCCCCAGUCACUUUGCAGAGAGAGAGAGAGUGUGUGUGUGUGUCCAAUAUUGUAAUGUAUGGUAGCCAGUCCUGAAGCUCUAAUUACAGUUCUUCGCCCAUUUAUUUGUGUACUCUCUCCUCUCUAUAUAUGAUCUGCCCAAAAGUGAGUUAAGGCAUAUCACUAAAAUACUAAUCCAUACCCAGGCCAUCUCUGACCUUUAAUGCAACCCCCACCAUCACCACCACUGCCUUAGCACUUCUCUCUUUCCCUUCUAAGCCAUUCAGUGUGUCAUUGCCAAAAUUAUGCUCCUUGGUUGAUCAGACCAUAUUAUUUCUCUUUUUGAAUCACUCCACUGGCUUUGCCUUGGGCCCCCAUAUCAAGAUUAAACCUCUCAACCUUGCCUUCAGAGUCCCAUACAACUGUCUGCCUAUAGAUUUAAUCACUUAUUGUAUUCCCCAUUCUCUCCUCUAGUGCCACCAGCUUUGCAAACCCCUACUUUCCAUGCUGCAUCUGUUCAUGGUGGGUCAUCCCUAUUCCAGUGUACAAUCUCUCUCUCUCUGUCUCACACACACUCUCUCUCUCUCUCACUUCCCCAUUCAUAUCCAUCAUAAAGGCCCACAUUGUCCUAAAGGCCUGAAGCCAGGCAAAAUUAGAUUAAAGAUCUAAGGUAACUAUUUCCUCUGCCCCACCCAGUGCAUCUUCUCUGCUUUCUAGGUUGUAAGUUUGCUGGAGUACAGGCUGUCUCUGUCUGCUUUAUACAGGGCCAAAAGCCCUUGGGACAAAGGGAGAGGGAAUGUGGAAAAGCUUGUUCUGCUAUGAUUUCCUGUUUGUACCGCAGUAGUGCCUAGGAACCCCAAUCAGGGCUUGAAGCCCCAUUGUGUUGCUAUGUGCACACAUAACAAGAGAUGGUCAUUGUCCCAAGGAGCUUACAAUCUAAGUAACUGUAUGUUCUUGGCAUUUUUUUCUGUGUAAGGGCCUUGUAGGCUUUGAUCCAGAGUCCCAAAAAGCCAGUGACUUAAAACUGGUGUAGUCAGUUGCCCAGCUACUUAAUUUGUCUUCUUAAAAUGUAAAACUGAGGUGUGAAUUCUUGCAGUUCUUUUCUUUUAAAAUCAAUGCUCGGCAGCUUUUUGUUUUUGUGGGUAUUUUUUUAAAGGAGAAAAUAACC